AUGCAAUUUGCCAAAGCGCACUCCUUGAUACCCGACGGGCAAUGCGGCUCACGCAAACGUCAUCAAGCAAUUGACCUGGCCUUAUCUAAACAAUUAGUCUGGGAUCUACUGAUCCUUCAACGCCGCACAGCGGGGUGGAUCUCAAAUGAUGCCAAGUCCUGCUUUGACCGUGUGGUCCACUGGGUGGCCAUCGUCACAAUGUUGCGGUUUGGCUUGACAUGGCGUGUCCUAUCAUCGAUGUUCAACAUGCUCUCCUCCGCUACCCACCGCGUUUGCACAGGUUUUGGUGACUCCAAGAGAAGCUUUCGCCCUCCGUCAGCGGUGCCAUUCCAAGGUUGUGGGCAAGGGAAUGGUGCAGGACCCCCCAUUUGGAUCUUGGUGAGCUCAGUGUUAAUCACAAUGAUGGAAGCAAUGGGCUAUGGAUUUGAGUGUCUUUUGGCGUUAGAGUCACAACUAGUGACAGCCCAAUGUUUCUGUUUUGUUGACGAUACGGACGUGAUUGAAGCAGGUGACACAGUCCAUCACUCUGGGGAGGAUAUUUGCGCCUCAGUCCAGGCUGCUGCCACCUUGUGGUCGGGGGGAAUUUGGGCAACAGGUGGUGCAAUCAAUCCGGAGAAGUCCUUCUGGUGGCUUAUUGACUUUGAAUGGGAUGCUCGCAAUGGUCAGUGGAGAUUCCGUAGGAAAUGCUCCGCGGCACCGGAAUUUGACCUUAUGAUACCGGGGUUAUACGGUGACAUUGAACCCCUUCGUCGCCUUGAACCAGAUGAUUCCGAACGUACUCUGGGGGUGAUGGUGUCGCCACUGGAAAAUCACAACGCACAGGAGGCACAGUUGGUCUCUAUAGCUAAAGAGUGGGCCAAACAGCUUCGGCCUCACCUGCUACACAAGACAUUAUGUCACCGGUUCUCCAGGUGUGCUUACCUAAGUCAGGUGUUUGCUGCCCCGGUGGAUUAUCAAGGCCUUGGUGUUCCUCACCCCUUUGGCAAGCAAGGGUAUAAACACUUGGAGAUGAUCCUGCGCCAUAUGACGGGGGGUACAAAGACUGGAAACUACAUGGACGCCAAUCUCUAG